AUGGAGGUUUUGAAAGGGUGGAUCUUGAAACACAGAGAUGAAGUUAAUGAAAAAAUGGAGGUUUUGAAUGGUGGAUCUUGGGUUUUGAAAGUAGAUUUGGAUGUGAUGGAAUACGGAUACGAAAAGCCAAAAGAUGAUAAAGGUGAAGAUCUACAGUUCAAAAAAUUCUCCAAAGACGACAGAGCAGAAUUUGCCGCCGAACAAAGGAUGAUCGCAUUGAUACAGUCAGCAAUUAGAAACGAUAUAUUUGCAUUAUUAAAUCAUAGCGGGACAUCCAAAUCGAUUGAAAGUCAUGAUCUAGAGCUGCAGAAGCAAAGCAAGAUGACAGAGUCUUCACGUCAACAGAAUGUCGGCUUGUAUUACAAAAGCAGUGUACUUUCAGAGAAAGGCGUUGGUUCACCAAAGACAGCAUUCAUUGAAGAAGAUCGAAAUGAUAUUGUUCGCAAAACAGCUCAUGGGAAAGCUUCGACAGCACCAAGAAAAUUUGCAAAUGUUGCUGAAAUUAAAGAAGAAAAAGAACCUGCUAAAAACCAUGAAGAAAAGGUUGAGAACAAAGAGAAAACUCGAGAAGAGAUCUUGAGUGAGAAAACACAUAAAGAAAGAGAUGUGGUUUACAGAAGAAUGGAUGAGAUGCAGGAAGAAUAUGAGAAUGCUGUCAGCAACAAACGAUGGGACAAGAAGAGAGAGUGUUAUUACAACAGAGAAGGAGAACCAGUUGCAGAAGAAGUUGAAGAACAGCAAAUUGAAGAAGAAGAAAAGAAAAAUGAAAAAUCAGAUGUUGGUGAUGUUGGCGAAGAAGUCAGUGUUGAACAAAAGCUGAAUGAUGCUGAGAUGAAGCAGCCAGAGGCAGCUGAAAACACCGAGGUGCCUAUCACUAAGGUGUUUCUGAAGAAAACUGAAUGUCAACCAAAGGAGAAACGAAGCAGCCUGGCACCGGAGGCUGCUGAUCCCUGCAACGGUUAA